CUGGCAAAAGCAUUUUCCGAAAGUCAUCAUCAACAGUUCGCCACCGAAAGAUUGUUUUGUGGUCUUGAAUUUUCUUCCAAUUUGAACGUGAAAAACCUCGCUUAACGUUCCGGAGCUAUCGCAACAAGAACCGCGGAAGUAAGCAAUUUGAUAAACAAAUCAUGGCCGGAACGCUGGAAGACAAAUCCAUCUGGGAAGACGGCGAGGAAACGCUGGGCGAAGAAGUACUUCGAAUGCCAACCGAUGAAAUCGUCAGCCGGACACGUCUGAUGGACAAUGAAAUCAAAAUCAUGAAAAGCGAAGUGAUGCGGAUUAAUCACGAGCUGCAAACGAUGACCGAGAAAAUUAAGGACAACACGGAAAAGAUCAAGGUCAACAAAACGCUCCCAUAUCUGGUGUCGAAUGUGAUCGAACUGCUCGAUGUGGACCCACAGGAGGAGGAGGAUGACGGCGCGGUUGUGGUGUUGGAUUCCCAGCGCAAAGGAAAGUGCGCCGUAAUCAAGACAUCGACCAGACAGACCUACUUCUUGCCGGUGAUCGGACUGGUUGAUCCGGAGAAGCUCAAGCCGGGCGAUCUGGUGGGAGUUAAUAAGGAUUCGUACUUGAUUUUGGAAACACUUCCCGCCGAGUACGACGCCCGGGUUAAAGCCAUGGAAGUGGAUGAGCGGCCGACCGAACAAUACUCUGAUAUCGGUGGGCUGGACAAGCAGAUUCAGGAAUUGAUUGAAGCCGUGGUGCUGCCGAUGACGCACAAAGACAAGUUCAAGAAUUUGGGAAUUCAUCCGCCGAAAGGUGUGCUGCUCUAUGGACCUCCUGGAACCGGAAAAACUCUGCUGGCUCGUGCAUGCGCCGCUCAAACCAAGUCCACCUUCCUCAAGUUGGCCGGCCCUCAGUUGGUGCAGAUGUUCAUCGGUGACGGCGCCAAACUGGUGCGUGAUGCCUUUGCGCUGGCCAAGGAAAAAUCUCCUGCGAUCAUUUUCAUUGACGAACUGGAUGCCAUCGGUACCAAGCGUUUCGAUUCGGAGAAAGCCGGCGAUCGUGAGGUGCAGCGUACCAUGUUGGAACUGUUGAACCAGCUGGACGGUUUCAGUUCCACGGCCGACAUCAAGGUGAUCGCCGCUACCAAUCGAGUUGACAUCUUGGAUCCGGCUCUGUUGCGUUCGGGUCGUUUGGAUCGUAAGAUCGAGUUUCCCCAUCCGAAUGAGGAAGCUCGUGCCCGGAUUAUGCAAAUUCAUUCGCGUAAGAUGAACGUCAGUCCGGAUGUGAAUUUCGAGGAACUGGCUCGUUCGACCGACGACUUCAACGGUGCCCAGUGCAAGGCCGUGUGCGUUGAGGCCGGUAUGAUUGCGCUGCGACGUUCGGCGGUGGCUGUGACUCAUGAGGACUUCAUGGACGCCAUCAUGGAGGUGCAGGCCAAGAAGAAGGCAAAUUUGAACUACUAUGCGUAAUGCUCCGACAGCAGUAGAAGACAUGGUAGGUAAGUGGCUUUGUUUAUUAUAUUCUCAAAUAUCGCUAACUUGUACUAGCAAUAAACAAAUUGUAUUCUGAA